AUGGCACCCUCGACAAUGCUCUCACCAGCCGCAUUCUUCAACUCUCUCCUGACCUUGGUCGCUCUCGAGCAAGAGUCUGAAGUCGCCGAGACGACCCUUUUGCUCUCUUCCACGCCUCCGAGCACACUCGCCCGAGCUGGACUCGCCAUCCUCAGCCUGUCCAUUCAGUCGAUGAAGACGGGUCUUGGCGGCCGUUCCGUGGUCGAGCUUGGGUUGGAUUCGGCCCUCGUCGGUAAAGAUUCCAAGGGUGAGCUCCCCGAGCAUGGUAUCCGGACAGGUGACAUAGUUUCCCUCGGGGAGAUGCCCAAAGGCUCCGCGAAGAAGAAAGAAGUCUCCGAUUUGAAAGGCAAGGGCGUGGAGGGCGUCGUCACUCGCGUUGGCGAGAGAGCCGUGUGGGUCGCGUUGGGUAAGGAAAGCUCAAAUGGCGACACUGUCGAGAAUGUCCCUGACGGAAAGUUGUGGUUGGUCAAACUUGCCAACGACGUGACGUACAAAAGAAUGAAUCAGAUUCUCUCGAAACUACUCAAAACGCCCGAAACUUCGUAUACCAGCCUUCAACGAGUUCUGCUAGGUUUGUCUUCACCGGGGUCAGCCGAUCUGGACAAGACCAAGGACUUGGGGUUCUUCGACUCGACCCUCAACUCUUCCCAGAAAGACGCAAUCAAGUUUGCGCUCUCAUCCCCUGAGGUUGCUCUCAUCCAUGGCCCUCCUGGUACUGGAAAGACAUAUACUCUGAUCGAACUGAUAUUGCAACUUUUGAAACAAGGCCAACGGGUCUUAGUAUGCGGUCCGAGCAAUAUCAGUGUCGACAAUAUUGUCGAACGUCUCGCUAUGACGUCCCCGAGCACGCCUAUAGUGCGGCUGGGACAUCCAGCCCGCCUCUUGCCCAGUGUCUUGAACCAUUCCCUAGAAGUCCUGACCCGCACUAGCGAGGCAGGUGGCAUCGUCAAUGACGUCCGCAGGGAGAUGGACGAGAAACAAUCGUCGAUAAGGAAAACAAAGAGCGGUCGGGAACGUCGUGCAAUCUAUGCGGAGCUGAAAGAUUUGAGAAAAGAGUAUCGUGAGCGAGAGGGUAAGUGUGUUGAUGGCCUAGUACGAGGUAGUAAAGUUGUUCUCUCGACAUUGCACGGCUCAGGAGGUCACCAAGUGCGUAAUCAGGGUUUUGAUGUUGUCGUGAUCGAUGAGGCUAGCCAGGCACUGGAACCACAGUGCUGGAUACCACUCGUCUUUGGAUCUGGCGAGGUCAAAAAACUCAUCCUAGCAGGCGACCAUCUACAGUUACCGCCGACCGUCAAAAGCGCCGACAACAAAGAAAACAAGGAUCAAAAGAAAGCAAAGAUGAAAAGUCUCGAAGAUGAACUUCGCAAGCUAUCAGUCAAAGACGACGAGAUCAAGGCGGCCAAAGGAUGGUCUUUGGAACGAACCAUGUUCGAUCGUCUCUUAUCUAUGCAUGGCUCAAACAUCAAACGACUGCUCAACACUCAGUAUCGAAUGCAUGAGACAAUCAUGCGCUUUCCCAGUGACGAGCUAUACGACUCGGAACUUGUGGCAGCAGAUGCGGUCAAGAGUCGGCUGUUGAAGGACUUACCAUACGAGGUGGAGGAGACUGAAGAUACCAAAGAGCCCCUGGUGUUUUUUGACACUCAAGGAGGAGAGUUCCCAGAAAAGACGGAGGAGGACCAAGGCGGCCAAGUCAAGGUCUCAGUGCUGCUGGGAGAUAGCAAAUGUAACGAGAUGGAAGCUGCUCUUGUUGUGAUGCACGUACAGAAGUUGGUUGACGCAGGCGUAAAAGACGAGGAUAUUGCAGUGGUCACACCGUACAACGCACAACUGGCCAUACUCAGCUCCAUGUUGAGAGAAAAGUACCCGAACAUCGAGCUCGGCAGCGUCGACGGAUUCCAGGGACGUGAAAAAGAGGCCGUCAUUGUUUCCCUGGUCAGAAGCAAUGCUGAAAAGGAGGUGGGCUUCCUUGGGGAAAAGAGGAGAUUGAACGUUGCGAUGACUCGACCUAAGCGCCAUCUGUGUGUAAUCGGCGAUUCAGAAACCAUAUCUAGAGGUAAUCCAUUCCUCAAAAGAUGGAUGAAGUUCCUCGAAGACAACGCCGACUUGAGGUAUCCUAGUCUGGACGACCUAGAUUUGAGUUGA